AUGGCAAAGUUUGGAGAUGGCUUCGACCAGAGCCAAAGGAGGAAACGAUAUGGCGAUGGUUGUGGAGGUGGAGGGAAGGGGAAGCGCGCCGCAUUUGGUGUAGGGAGGCGGUACUUGGAUACGCUGGUACAUGACAACCACUCAUUGUGCGUGGAUAAUAAUGAGUACCCAAGCAACAGGGACUUGCCGUCGUGCACUGCCAAGGGUAGGCGCACGGGCUCUCGCCGGCUUGCUGCAGGCAGGAGUCGCAGUGUUGCAGUGGUGUCACAGGCCCCGCCAACGACCCACAGCGAUACCACUCCGUGGGGAUCCAUUGGUGGCGCAAACAGGCAGCUUCAAUACAGUGGUACGGAGUACUUGAACAAGGCAGUGAUGGGCAACCGGCUUGGCGUUCAGCCCACUGUUACCAGCGACAAGGUAGCUUUCGCGAGCGGGAGAAAACAAAAGAGGCGUCGUCUGGUACGAAAGAGUGACGAGAUGGCACAGUGUGGCGCGACACCUGGUGGGCCGGAUGGCACUGUGCAAAGCGGCACUCUGUGCACCGCCGCCACCGCCGUGGCUGCUGCCGCUGUUCUAGGUACCGGUGGUCCAUCUCCGUCCUCGAGCACAAUCCCAGCCAAAACCACCAAAGCGUCCCGCCUUUUCCGCCCUCCUCUCCCCUCCCAACUUUUUCCCACCACUUCAACCUCUCUUUCCAUCAUCUCCAUUCACCACCACAACCACGCCUUUCCCGAACCUCCACGAUUCCUAAUACCUACAUUGCCGACUCACCUUGCCGAAUUAUCCAAUAAUGUGCCCUUAAGUCCUCGUCUUCGGACGUUCACGACUCCUGGUUGCUUCCCGCCCCGCCUCUCACCCGGCCACAAGAUCAACCAGAAUGUCGACUCGAGCCUCUCCCGCGACGACUACCAAUCCACCAUGAUGGAGCAGCCAAAUAACUCUGCUGAACCGCCCUUGUGGCCUCACGAGAGGUCAUCCGCAGGCCCUCUUGCUCAAUCCGCCUCGAUGCCCCUGCGCACCGCAAGCAGCACACCCGUUUCUUCACCUAGUCUCUUCAGUCCUACGCCCUCCCGCCAUAUCCUCCAUACCUCGUCCAUGUCUGAGAGCAAUACCCCAGCUCCGCCUCCUGGAGGCCCUUUUCUGCAUCCUUUGCAGACACACAAAGUCAGAGAAACCCACAAGGCUCUCAUUGACAAUGACAACGUUACUGGUCGUAAGGUGAUUAAUCAGUACGAAGUCAUUGAAGAAAUAGGCCGUGGCAUGCACGGCAAGGUCAAACUUGCCCGCAAUCUCGAGACCGGCGAAAAUGUCGCCAUCAAAAUCAUCCCCCGAUUCUCCAAGAAGCGUCGACUCGGAAAGGUCACGGCCAUGUCUCACGAGGACAAGACCAAGAAGGAAAUCGCCAUCCUUAAAAAGAUCCGCCACCCCAACGUCGUCGCCUUACUCGAAAUCAUCGACGACCCUGAACUUAAAAAGAUUUACAUGGUCCUCGAACAUGUCGAGCUGGGCGAGGUUGUCUGGCGCAAAAAGGGUCUUCCCCACGUCUGCCUCUACGAGCGCCGCCGAGCCGAGCGCGAGAUGCGGGGUGAGCCUCCCUCUCAACAAGAAAUUCAAUACGACGAGAUGCUGGAGCGCCGCCAGGUCAUCAAGGAACUGAAGCGCGCACGCAUGGCCCAAAACUACAGCGGCCCUGCAAACUUCUGGAGCGUCGAGCAUGGCGCUGCUGAUGAGUCAGGCAGUGUCGCCUGGUCACGCAUCUCCAAGGAUGAUUUAGACAUCCCGUCGAGCCACCCCUCCCGAUCUACCUCUCCAAACUCCUUCCAGCAUCAGUCACGUAGACCAUCUGCCACCUCCUUCUCUGUCGCUGGUCCGACCGAGCUGAGCGAGGAAGUGUACUGGGAAGACAAUCUUGUUACCCCAGGCCCUCCCACCGCUGAUGUUGACCCUGUUGCUGCCAUUGACGGCUUGGAUGAAGACGGCUCACGCUACCGCCGCCGCUCUCCUAGCAUGGCCGACUCAAUUAUCUCCCACAUGUCUUCGAUAGACUAUAACCCCCACGUUCACGAUCCAUUUGCCGACGACUACUCAUACGUUCCCUGCUUCACCUUUGACCAGGCUCGCUCCGCAUUCCAAGACACUGUUCUCGGCUUGGAAUACCUCCACUACCAAGGCGUUGUUCACCGAGAUAUCAAGCCCGCCAAUUUGCUCUGGAGCAAAAACCACCGCAUCAAGAUUUCCGACUUUGGCGUCUCCUACUUCGGCCGGCCCAAUCGCGAUGGCGAGCCCGAUGACACUGUUCUUGAGUCUGAAGCCAAGGACUUUGACAACGAUCUCGAACUUGCCAAAACAGUCGGCACACCCGCCUUUUUUGCCCCCGAGCUCUGCUACACCGACCUCGACAAGGAGCAGCCCAAGGUCUCAGAGCAGAUUGAUGUCUGGUCGCUUGGCGUAACCCUUUACUGCCUCAUUUUUGCCCGCAUCCCCUUCCUUGCCGAGGAUGAAUUCCAGAUGUUCAAGAAGAUUGCCACCGAUGAUGUGUACAUUCCACGACGCAGACUGGCCCCCGUCCACCCCUCUACAUCGCCUGCUGGAACCUCCCUCUACAAGCGCCAGAACAGUCGACCAUAUCGAGACGACAAUGAUGUUGUCUACGAAGACGUUGACAAUCUGUUGUACGACUUGCUUCGCCAAAUGCUUACCAAGAACCCCGAAAAGCGUAUCCGAGUGAGAGACAUCAAGCGACACCCUUGGGUUGUCCAGGGUCUUGCCAAUCCCCGCGCCUGGGCCGAAGAGACGGACCCUGCUCGCCCUCUUGGUGGUCGUAAGAUUCAAGUCGACGAGAAGGAAGUGUCCGCGGCCGUGGUCCCCCUGACCUUCCUUGAACGCGCCAGGUCUGCUGUCAAGAAGGCUGUUGGCAAGGUCAUCCAUCCACUCGGCGAACGAAGCGACAGCAAAACUCGCAGGCGCGCUGACAGCUCCGCUGCUAGCUCUACUGGAGACAACUACUAUAGGAGCAUGCCCACCACUCCUCACUAUAGCGUUGACAGGCGCUCAGUUUUCAUGCCCGAUGAUUACCUUGCUGCGAGGCACACGCCUCCUUCCGUCGACCACUCCGCUACCCCAUCUGUCACCAUUGGUGCUCCACAGUCAGACAUUGGACAAGGCUCCCGCGCCUCGCUGCUGACGGGAUCCGAAUUGAACCGCUCCGGGUCUGGUUUGUCGGAGGCAUUCGCCCAUGACCCGUCCCCUCCUACUGGUCGCACUUGGCACCGUGCUACGGCCUCCCAGAGCAAGCUCGGUAACCACUUCUUGAGCUUGUCUCCAGUCCUCAAUGAGCCCAUGAAGAUCCCUCCGUUCACCAAUGAAGCCUCUGCUUCUGGAGCCGACAGUAGACAAAAGUUCAGUCUAUUCAACAGCUUGGAUAAGCGUGCCGCGGCUCAAGUUAGUCUGAGUCGGCCUAUAGUCUCUGGGGGCAGUCACCAUGGCGCAGCGAGUAUCCUUAUCAAGCGACCAAUUGAACAUGAUAAGCACAGCAUUAGCGCAUUGACUUCCCCCUUGUCAUCGUCGCCCGUUACUUUCCCCAGCUACCGCAACGCCCACCCCAAGUCGGAUCCCGACUUUCAAUCUCGUCGCGAGUUUGGACUGAUUGAUCAAGUCGACUCCACCGAUGACUUGGCUUCGCAAGCCGACUCUACAAAGGCAAUGGCGUCCAGCCCGGAGUCGUCUAUCGCCGCGCACCUGGACAUGGCUGGGCGCAGAGUAGAUGGUCUAAGCCAAGCCUUGCCCAUCGCCAAACCUCGCCCCAUGUCUUUGCAGCAGGUUGGCUAUACAAGCCGCGACAAGGGCAGUGGCCAAGCUACUGUCAACUCUGCAAGCACCGACUCCAUGGAAGUCAUCACGACCCCCCUCACAAGCCCAAGUGAAACAACUAGCCCGAUGAGAACCGUCCCCACAAGCAAGGGCGCUUCGGAAAAGAUUCUGGCUUUCCAGUCUGAUCCGUCUCUUCCUGCUUUGUUGAGCAAUGCUAGCUCUGUUUCUGCGGAUAUGGAGGGUGAGCUUCUCGGUAGGCCUGGUGUAGUCCACAAUCAGGCACCUCUUCCCGGGGAUGGUGAGCCGCUGAGCUCCGAGUCUCUGGGCAAAAUUAAUAACAGUUACGCAGCUGAGCAGUCAGUCUUCAACAACCCCCCUGCCAUGGAGAGUGGAACACUUGCAAUGCAGUUUGACCAAAGCACGCCACAGAGUCCUCCUAUGCAGCCGGUGACCGAUGAUCAUUAUCCGACUGAAUAUCCCGACGACGAGGACGGAAGUGAUGACGGCUUUUGGCUUAUGACUAAGUCGAAAAGAAAGACUCUCAGUCCAGCACCACGCCGACGACCAUUUGAGGCCAGACGCCGCGAUACCAAUUUGAGCAACGUCAGCGUUGCGAGUGACGAGACAGCAAAGCGCGUUGUGUUGCACCCCGACGAUCUUGGAAUAUAG